AUGAGUUCAAACAGACGUGGAACUGGUGCUCGCUCAUCGACUGCUACUGCUACCACCACUACCAACAGCGCAGCUGCUUCAACUUCUAGCUCAAGUAAAGUCAACAAAACAAGCCCUAGUGUAGCAAGUAGCAGCGCCAAAAGAAUUCAAAAGGAACUUGCGGAAAUCAGUCUUGAUCCUCCUUGUGACAACUUGUAUGAAUGGGUGUCCACAAUUGUAGGACCUGCCGAGUCACCUUACGCUACGGGGAUUUUCUUCUUGGACAUUACUUUUCCACAGGAUUAUCCUUUUAAGCCUCCAAAAGUUGUCUUCCGUACGCGUAUCUACCACUGCAAUAUCAAUUCAACUGGUGCAAUUUGUCUUGACAUUCUCAAAGACAAUUGGUCUCCCGCAUUAACUAUUUCUAAAGUACUAUUGUCUAUAUGCUCGCUGUUGACAGAUGCCAAUCCACAUGAUCCCUUGGUAGGGAGUAUUGCAAAUCAAUACCUGCAUGAUCGUGAAGAACAUGAUAGGACUGCCAGGGAAUGGACUAAACGAGUGUGA